AUGACUUCACCUCUUGUCCUCUUCGUCUUCCUUUUCAUUUCCUCUUGUUCUGCUCAAUCCUACAAUGUCUUGUCUUUCGGAGCUAAGCCAGACGGUAAGACAGACGCAACCAAAGCGUUCAUGGCGGUUUGGGAAACCGCUUGUGCCUCUCCUCGUCCUGUUACCAUUGUGGUUCCUAAAGGCCGGUUCUUGUUAAGGAGCCUUAAUUUCGACGGGUCCAAGUGCAAGCCCAAACAGGUCACGUUCCGUAUCGACGGUACUUUGGUGGCUCCGGCUGAUUAUCGAGUUAUCGGAAAUGAAGACUAUUGGAUUUUCUUCAACCUUCUCGACGGCGUCACCGUCUACGGCGGAGUUCUUGACGCUCAAGGAGCUUCUCUAUGGGAUUGUAAAAAGUCCGGCAAGACUUGCCCCAGCGGAGCCACGGUAAGUAACGUCUUCAAAUUUUACCAUUAA